GCUGCGCUUGCGCUGCUUUGGCCCGAUGGCGGCCCCGCUGCUUCACACGAGUUUGCCGGGAGAUGUGGCGGUUGCGGCCUCUGGCACGCUGGGCGCGUCGCGGACUGGGCUUUCGGAUAUGCUUGCAUUAGAGAGUGAUUUCUUCAAUUCUCCCCCAAGAAAAACUGUUCGGUUUGGUGGAACUGUGACAGAAGUCUUACUGAAAUACAAAAAGGGUGAAACAAAUGACUUAGAGUUGUUGAAGAACCAGCUCUCAGACCCUGAUAUAAAGGAUGACCAGAUAAUUAACUGGCUGCUGGAAUUUCGUUCCUCUGUCAUGUACUUGACAAAAGACUUUGAGCAACUUAUAAACAUCAUCUUGAGAUUGCCUUGGUUGAAGAGAAGUCAGACAGUGGUGGAGGAGUAUUUGGCUUUUCUUGGUAAUCUUGUAUCAGCACAGACAGUCUUCCUUAGACCAUGUCUCAGCAUGAUUGCUUCUCAUUUUGUACCUCCCCGAGUGAUCAUUAAGGAAGGUGGCAUAGAUGUUUCAGAUUCUGAAGAUGAAGAUGACAAUCUUCCUGCAAAUUUUGACACAUGUCAUAGAGCCUUGCAAAUCAUAACAAAAUAUGUCCCAUCGACACCGUGGUUUCUAAUGCCAAUACUGGUAGAAAAAUUUCCAUUUGUGAGAAAAUCAGAGAGAACAUUGGAAUGUUAUGUUCAUAAUUUACUAAGGAUAAGUGUGUAUUUUCCAACUUUGAGGCGUGAAAUUCUGGAGCUUGUCAUUGAAAAGUUACUCAAGCUAGAUGUGAGUGUAUCCCGGCAGGAUAUUGAAGAUGCUGAAGAGGCAGCAGCUCAGUCUUGUGGUGGGACAGAUACCACAGAAGGAUUGUUUAAUAUGGAUGAAGAUGAGGACACCGAACCUGAAAAGAAAGCUGACCUGGAUCGGCCUAGCCAGAUGGCUCAUCCCAUCGCCGAACGCCUAGACAUCCUGCUCUCUUUGCUUCUGUCCUACGUUGAGGAUGUCUGUCGUGUGGACGGUAAGAUUGAUAACAGUAAAACAAAGGAUUUAUACCGUGAUCUGAUAGCCAUCUUUGACAAACUCCUGUUGCCUACACAUGCCUCCUGCCAUGUACAGUUCUUCAUGUUUUUCCUUUGCAGCUUCAAAUUGGGAUUUGCAGAAGCAUUUUUGGAACAUCUCUGGAAAAAGUUGCAGGAUCCAAAUAACCCCGCCAUCACCAGGCAAGCUGCUGCGAAUUACAUUGGGAGCUUUUUGGCAAGAGCUAAAUUUAUUCCUCUUAUCACCGUGAAAUCAUGCCUGGAUCUUUUGGUCAACUGGCUGCACAUGUACCUUAAUAACCAGGAUUCAGGGGCAAAGGCUUUUUGUGAUGUUACACUCCAUGGACCAUUUUAUUCAGCCUGCCAAGCUGUGUUCUACACUUUUGUUUUUAGGUACAAGCAGCUUUUGAGUGGAAACUUGAAGGAAGGUUUGCGGUAUCUUCAGAGUCUAAACCUUGAGCGUGUCGUGCUGAGCCAGCUGAACCCUUUGAAGAUCUGUCUCCCAUCGGUGGUUAAUUUUUUUGCUGCCAUCACAAAUAAGUACCAGCUUGUGUUCUGCUACACCAUCAUGGAGAGGAACAAUCGCCAGAUGCUCCCUGUUAUUAGAAGUACAGCUGGUGGAGACUCUGUGCAGACCUGCACCAACCCAUUGGACACCUUUUUUCCCUUUGACCCUUGUAUGCUUAAGAGGUCAAAGAAAUUUAUUGAUCCCAUUUAUCAGAUUUGGGAAGACGUGAGUGCUGAAGAGCUACAAGAGUUUAAGAAACCCACUGAAAAGGAGCUGGCAGAGGACGAAGACGACGACUUUUUGAAAGGUGAAGUGCCCCAGAGCGAUGCAGUGAUCGGCCUUACCCCGAGCUCCUUUGACAGCCACUUCCGAAGCCCUUCCAGCAGCUUGGGCUCCCCACCUGUGCUGUACAUGCCAGACCAGUCCCCUCUCAUCUCCAGGAUCUGUGAUUGAGCUGAACUGUUCUCCCCAGGGCCCUGAGCCCCACCAUGGAGACCACAUUGGGCUAGUCUGUGCCUUGUAUAUCCAACUUCCAUGUUGAACUUGGGCCAGUGUCUGAAGGUACCCAGACUGGGUGUGUUUGCAGUUCGCUCCCUAUGGACAGAAGGAAAGACCAAGUAUCAUGUGAAAUAUUUCACAGUGGGCAUAGCAGUCAGUGCUGAUGCUUCAAGUGUUGGCUUAAUGUGGAGAAUCUGCCUGCAACCUCCUGAUGGAGCUGCUGGAUGCUUGCUAGUGUCAGCCGUAUCCCAGCAGAUGACCUUUUAACAGGUUUCUUUUUGUCAGAGCCAUAGUCACAUGAAUUUGUGGGUCUUGUUUUGGUGAGAAAUCUUCAGGAUCAGCCUGCCUGUAAAUACCCUAAACAUUGCCUACAGUGGUGUAAUGGUUUCCUUCUGACUAGAAGGGUAUUUGUGGUUUGGGAACAGAGGGAAAGCGAGGCGGGGUGAAAUGCUGAGUGUUCAGGCUGCUUUCACCAGGGCAACACAAAGCAUUGCAGAGGGGCAAAGAAGCCGGGAGAAAGAGGCCAGAGACACAGGAAACGGCACUGCUCCAGGAGAGUGGAUCCAACCUGAACACAGGUGUGUCAGCUGUACCUCGAACUGACCGAGCAGCUUGGGGUCUGAAUGGCAGUUUAAUAACUGCAGAGCAUGGACUCAGCCUGGAGAGCUGCUCUCACCCUGAGCAGCAGGUCUGCUUUGCAGCAGGCGUGUGCAAGGACUUCAGAGGUGUCUGUCGCUGGGAUCCUUACAUGUAAACUUUGUAUUUGUGAAAAUGGCCCUUUAAGUAUAUUUAAUUUUUUUUUUUUUUGGCCACUUGUACUUAUUUAAAGGCAGCAAUAUUUUCUUGGUCACACCAUUUUUAAUGGAAUUCCUCUCAUGUCGUUGAGGGCUUUAAUAAAGGUUGCCCACCAUGG